AUGGGGAAAUUGAUCAGAAUGGGAACACGGAAGAGGCGGUUACUCUGGCCAAAGCGGCUUCUUUGGAGUCGACUCUUCUUCCUGUUGGGAAUGUUGAUCAUCGGUUCCGCCUACCAGCACCUGAGGAGCCCCCGGGGCCUCCCCUCAUUGUGGGCAGCAGUCUCCUCCCAACACCCUGUAAAACUGGCCAGCCGUGACCUCCCUAACAACGAUAUGAUGAUGGUGAGCAGUGACCCUCCAAGAGCUAGCUCUGAAAUGAUGGGUGACACACGGGUGCCCCAAACUACAGUGGGCAAGGAUGAGGCAACACGUGGCAUAACAAUGGAGAAUACCCCCAAUCCACCCAGAAGGACAGCCAACAUCACUUCAACAAUGCCCAAGAAUAACUACAGCCUAACAGCUGCAGACACAGAAAGAACGAAGGAAGACACCACAAUCACACCCAGUAGAGUACUGAAUCACUACACCCCAACUUCAAAAAGGCCAACAGUAAAGAAUCAUACCCCAACAACAUCACCCAGGGUAGAAAUGCAGAGCUAUCACCCAACUCAGGCUGGGAGAAAGGUGAUGAAAUAUACCCCAUCUCCAUUUGGUAGACUAGUAAGCACUUAUGCCCCAUCCACACUCAUGACAAUGACAGAGAGCCAUGGGAUCACCCCCAGAACAACACUGAAAGACAGUGAAACUAUGACAACCACCAAAAUAUUGGAGACCAACCCCUCUAAGAGAAUAGUAGAGGAAACCACCCCAACUACUCUCAAGGGAAUAAUUAAUAAAACGCCAACUUCCCUGAUAAAUGACAUGGAAACAAACAUCUUGACUUCUCCAAGGAGUAUGACGGAAGAGAACACCCUGACUACCCCCAGAAGAGUGGAUAAUAACAGAUCGACCAAGCCCCGGGGGUUAGUGGGAAAGAACAAGCUGACGGCGCCCCUGCGAAUGGGCCUGGAGCACACCACAGCCAUCUCGGAGGGGCGAGUGACAAUACGCACCACCACAACAGGCAGUGGCCCAACAGAAACCAAAGCCUCUACCGCUACCUGGAGUAUUAGUAAUCCCUUAUCUGGAACCAGCGUGUCGACCAGUGGAAUAUCCUCCACCACCUUCCGGGGGCUGGCAAAGAAAUCUUCCAUGGCACCCAGGCCCUCCUCACCCUCCAAGGUCAGGGCAAAUCCAACCAUCCAGGUCCGUCACUGUGUGGUUGUGGAGCCAGCCCCAGCGGUGCCCCCUGCUCCCUCCCCCAGCCUGACAACAGCUAUGAUCCCAGAGGCACCCAGUUCCAAUCCCUCAGCACUGCCUCCUGGGUGGCCAGACCUUCACUCCAAGGCAGAGUACCCCCCAGACUUGUUCAGCAUAGAGGAGCGGCGACAGGGCUGGGUGGUCCUGCACAUCUUUGGCAUGAUGUACGUGUUUGUGGCCUUGGCCAUCGUGUGUGACGAGUACUUUGUCCCAGCCCUGGGUGUCAUCACAGAUAAACUGCAGAUCUCAGAUGAUGUGGCAGGUGCCACCUUCAUGGCUGCUGGAGGCUCUGCCCCUGAGCUCUUCACCUCCCUCAUUGGUGUCUUCAUCUCUCACAGCAACGUGGGCAUUGGUACCAUCGUGGGCUCUGCUGUGUUCAACAUCCUCUUUGUCAUCGGCACCUGUGCCCUCUUCUCCCGGGAGAUCCUCAAUCUCACAUGGUGGCCCUUAUUCCGUGAUGUCUCUUUCUACAUCCUUGACCUGAUAAUGCUCAUUCUCUUCUUCCUGGACAGCCUCAUUACCUGGUGGGAAAGCCUGCUGUUACUGCUGGCCUAUGCUUUAUAUGUGUUCACCAUGAAGUGGAAUAAGCAGCUCGAGGUCUGGGUGAAGGAGCAGCUCAGCAGGAGGCCAGUGGCCAAGGUCAUGGCCCUAGGGGACCUCAGCAAGCCAGGCAAUGGGGCAGCUGCGGUGGAUGAGCUACAGGAAAACACGAAGCUAAAGGUGGUGCUCCCCGCGGUGCUGACCCGAGGGAGCAGCUCGGCCUCUCUGCACAACAGCACCAUUCGCAGCACCAUCUACCAGCUCAUGCUCCACAGCCUGGACCCUCUGGGAGAAGCCCGCCCCUCCAAAGACAAGGAGAGCUUGAGUCAGGAGGCCAAAGCCAAGCUUCACGCUAACGCAGAGAACAAACCAGAAGAGGAGGAGCCAGCCCAGCUUCCUGCGGUCACAGUCACACCAGCCCCCGAUCCAGAUGUCAAGGGAGAUCAGGAGGAGGAGGAUCCCGGCGGUCAGGAAGGAGAUGUGCCUGGAGCUGAGAGCACAGGUGACGUGAUAGGUGAAGAGGCUGAAACUCCUGAUAGAGGUGAAAAUGGACAACAAGGUGGAGGUGAAACUCAACUGGAAGGUGAAGGUGAAAUUGAAGCAGAAGGAGAAGGAGGUGAAGAUGAAGGUGAAAUCAAAGCAGAAGGAGGAGAAGGUGAACAUGAAGGUGAAGAUGAAGGUGAACUCCAAGCAGAAGAUGGUGAAAUGAAAGCUGAUGAGGGUGAAAAUGAAGAGCAGGAACUCAAUGCUGAAAGUCAAGGUGAAGCCAAAAGUGAUGAGAAAGGUAGAGAUGGUGAAGGGGGAGGUGAAGGAGGUGGAAGUGAAGAUGAAGAGGAGGAAGAAGAGGAGGAAGAAGAGGAGGAAGAAGAGGAGGAAGAUGAGGCGGAGGAUGAGGAGGAGGAAGAAGAGGAGGCAAGUGAGGAGCCUUUGUCCCUGGAGUGGCCCGAGACCAGGCAGAAGCAGGCCAUUUACCUGUUCCUCCUGCCCAUUGUGUUCCCACUGUGGCUGACCGUGCCCGACGUCCGGAGGCUGGAGUCUAAGAAGUUUUUUGUUCUCACCUUCCUGGGAUCCAUCAUGUGGAUAGCCAUGUUCUCAUACCUCAUGGUAUGGUGGGCUCACCAGGUUGGUGAAACAGUAGGGAUUUCUGAAGAGAUAAUGGGUUUGACGAUCCUAGCAGCAGGCACGUCCAUUCCUGACCUCAUCACCAGUGUGAUUGUUGCUCGGAAAGGCCUGGGAGACAUGGCUGUGUCAAGCUCUGUGGGCAGUAAUAUAUUUGAUAUCACCAUGGGCCUGCCAGUCCCUUGGUUGCUCUUCUCUUUCAUCAAUGGAUUACAGCCUGUUCCAGUCAGCAGCAAUGGCUUGUUUUGUGCAAUUGUUUUGCUUUUUCUCAUGCUCUUGUUUGUGAUCUCUUCAAUUGCAUCGUGCAAAUGGAGAAUGAACAAGAUCCUGGGCUUCACAAUGUUCCUCCUUUACUUUGUAUUCCUGAUAAUCAGCGUGAUGUUAGAAGAUCGAAUCAUUUCCUGUCCUGUAUCUGUCUGA